AUGCCUUUCUCACACCAUAGUCAUUCGGGCCAAUUCUGCCCAGGCCAUGCUCAAAAUUCUUUGGAAGAUGUGAUCCGGACUGCUAUCAGCAAGAAGAUGCAAGUCUUCUGCUUGACUGAGCAUAUGCCCCGCCAUAAAGAAGAUUUCUACCCCGAAGAAGUUGAGUCCGGCAAUACAGAGGCUAGUCACGAAGCAAAUGAAGCCGCCUACUGGGAAGAAGCAGCCCGGUUGCGCGAGAAAUAUGCCUCGCAGAUCAAAAUCAUCAUCGGGUUCGAGAUUGAUUGGAUUCGCCCUGCCUCAAAAGAACUCAUUGACCGUUCACUUUCUCGGUUCCCUUUUGAAUUCUUUAUCGGUUCAAUCCAUCAUAUGCACACUGUGCCGAUCGACUAUGACAGGCCUAUGUAUGAGCAGGCCCGAGAGCUAGCUGGCGGUACUGACGAGCGGCUGUUCGAGGACUAUUUCGAUGCUCAGCUAGAUAUGCUGCAGCAAUUGAAACCUCUUGUUGUAGGUCAUUUUGACUUGAUUCGUCUCAAGAGUGAUGAUAUGGAACGCAGUUUCACUUCGUGGCCUAGGGUCUGGAGCAAAGUCCUGCGGAACUUGGACUUUAUUGCCUCCUACGGUGGCAUGUUGGAGCUCAACUCUGCUGCACUUCGGAAGGGCAUGAGUGAGCCAUACCCUAAAGCAGAGAUUUGCAAGGAAUUUGGCGCGCGUGGUGGUCGUUUUUGUCUGUCCGAUGACAGCCAUGGUGUUGAUCAAGUUGCCCUGAAUUUCCACCGUGUGUUGGAGUUUUUGGAUCGCGCUGGCAUUUCAACUUUGCAUUAUCUGCAACUAGAGCCAACAGUUGGUUCGAAUGUGCCCGAUGCGAGGUUCCCCAACACGCAAAUAGCAUACAUCUCAGUAGAAGACUUGGGGAAGAUGGCAUUUUGGUCUUAA